UGUGUUGCCAGGCUGCUAAGCAAGCUUUGAUGUUUGAUAAAAAGAGAAAAGAAUUGUCUGCUGGUUGAGUUGAAACUUUUACUAGACAAGUGAUUCUGAGGUCUUUGUCUGACUGUGUUGCUAGCCUUGGUGGACUUAAGAAACUUGGGAAUGGCUGGUACCGCAAGUCCUAGGAAAUUAAGGAAGUUGGAAGGAGAAACAAACGGCGGAGAUGAGCACGAGAUUGUCGAGGAAAUCGAUAGUGUCCAAAACGAAAUUGACACUCUAAAUGAAAGAGCUUCGGAGGAAAUACUUAAAGUGGAACAAAAAUAUAAUUCACUGCGGAAGCCGCACUUCGAAAGACGGACGAAUCUAAUAUCGAAGAUACCAAACUUUUGGGUGACUGCUUUUCUAAAUCACCAGCAAAUCAGUGGUGUACUUGAUGAAGAAGAUGAAGAAGCACUGCAAUACUUAAAGUCAGUGGAAGUGGAGGAAUUCGAAGAUAUAAAGUCGGGAUAUAGAAUUAAAUUUCAUUUUACGGAAAAUCCAUACUUUGAGAAUGACCUAAUUAGUAAAGAAUUUUUAUCCAAUGACAAUGGAGAACAAAUGUCGAAAUCAACAAACAUCAAGUGGAAAAAUGGAAUGGAUUUGACAAAAACGUUUCAAGAAAGUGCGGCUGGAAUAAAACGAGGCCGUCAAGAAGCACAAAGCUUUUUUAAUUGGUUUUCGGAAGAGUCCAAUUCAGUUACUGAUGAGUUGGGUGAAAUAAUCAAGGAUGAGAUUUGGCCCAAUCCAUUACAAUUUUACUUGACGUUUGCUGGGCAAGAUGGUGAUGAUGAUGCUGAAGAUGGCGACGAUGAUGGCGAUGUAGAUGAGGGUGAUGAAGGAGUAGUUGAGGUUGAAGAAGAUGAUGAAGAUGACGAGGAAGGGGAUGAGGUUGUUGUUAUAGAAGAAGAUGAAGAGGAAGAAGGAGAGGAGGGGGAUGAUGAUGAUGACGAUGAUGGUGGUGAAGAGGAAGGUGAUGAUGAUUUAGAAGAACAAGGUGUUGAUGAUGAAGAUGAUGAUGAUGAUGAUGGGGAAUAUGUGGAAGAAGAUCAAGAUGAACAGGAAGUUGAAGAUGCUGAAGCAGGGGAUUUGGAAUGAUCGCCACAUUCAGGAAUGCCAAGAGCAGAUAAAUUUGAAAGAACUGAUCCACAACUAUGACUUUUACAAAAAGUCUAUCUUAUGCAAGCGGACAUUCUUGACAAGAAGGAACCUGAGAAUUUCAGACAAUUGAAGACAAUUUUUUUACUUUUUUCCCAUUUGUGUGUAAAUAUGCUAAUGAAGUGAAUCACUUCACCCUUGACUCUAUUGAUUGUUCAAGGAUGUCCAAGGUACCACAGUUCCACCUAUGUUUACUUGCAUGCUGGAAGGCUUCAUUGCUGUCACAUACCUAACGCUUUUUGCAAAAAUGUUAAAUUUUAUCAUCCGUUCAAUUGCUCCACAAAGUAAAUAAUAUCAUCCAUUUUGGAUUUAUUGAAUCUCGAUAAAAA